AGACCACACCCAAGUUAAAACCCUCCGAAACCAAACCCUUUUUUUCCCAAAGUUGGGUCCAGCAGCGUCACACUUCACAGCCGAGCUGCUUCUGAGGACUGACGGUGGGCUUCACGCUUGGCUCCUGUGACGUCCAGAACAACAGCUGCUUCACCUCAGCCCCACCCACGGACCCCCCUCUCCGAUCUCCUCCCCCUCUGGCGACGGUGCUACCAUGGGACAGCCAGGAAGCAAACCCCGGAAAGAAUCUCCGCUCUUCUCCAGCUUGAAGGGGAACCUCUACAACCGGCCCCCCAACGACCAUAUCCCGGCCAAACCCAGCAUCUUCGCCACCCUCCGGAAGCCCCCCGUGGCCAAGCCCAACGACUUCAUCCCCCUCUUCAACGAUUGCAUCUUCGCCGCCUCCACCAGGACUCAGGAGUACCUGCUCUUCAAAGACCCCGAGGACAAGUUCCGGCCCAGCCCGGACGCCCUGACCCAGAUCUUCCUGAUGACCUACAUCACCCAGAGCAUGAACCUGCACAUGACCGACACCUUCAACUGCACCGCCAUGACCCCUGAGCAGCGCAUCCUCCUGGGCGCCGACUGGGUGUGGGCCAUGUUGGACAAGCCCACCAAGAACCCCAAGAUCCAGAUCGCCGCGCAGGUCCUCCACCUGCCCGAGCGCGAGGUGGAGGAGGAGGGCGGCGCCGCCCCAGAGGCCUGCAGCGAGACCCUGCAGAUGGCCCAGCAGGAGAGCAGCAACAAGACCUGCUACGAGAAGCUGGUGGACUUCUGCACCUCCAUCGGGAAGGACUGCUACGCCCUCUUCCUCUUCUUCGGGAGGAAGAACGACAAGGGCAACAUCUACGGCGUCCUGAGCAACAACUUUGACGCCGCCAUCGGGAAGUGCAACAACAUCGACCGGGCCUUUAUCGAGAACUUCUUCAAAGGCUCCAGGUACCUGCACACACCGUCCGGCAUGAUGCAGGCCAUCGUCACCAAGAAGGAGGGCGACUCGCUGACGCUCAUGAUCAAGUUCAGCUAAGAGGGUCGGUGGAGGUCAACUGCAGUCGCCCGCCUUUGUAGUGAUGCGAACAAGCCGGUGGGGGUGUCGGCCAUGUUUGUGAGCCUGGUCCCGGGACCCCUCUCCUCCUUCUCCUGCUGUCCACUUGUUCUCAGAUGACUCCACCCCUCUCAGGUGGCCUCAUGUCUUCCAGCGUCGCUGCACCGCGUUUUCCUCAUCUUCAGAUUUUGUUUCCCCGAAAGGCUUCUCUGUUUUCUGCUUGACUUUGUGAACAAGUGGUGGUGCUGUUUGGGCGCCAUGUUGGCGAGGUCGUGGCUCAUGUGUGUGUGAGGGUCAGGGUUACAGCUACGCCAUUGUCGUCGUCCGUUCUUCCUAUCGGCACUCUGAGGGCGCUGCUGCAUUCCAGUUUCCUCGCAACUGGAAAUGAUGCCACUGCCGAGUUCAGAAAAGAAGACGUCCAUGAAAGCAACUUGUUGACAAACAAACCACCUGCAGGAUGAAGAGCAGGGUCACAUUUGUUUGGCUUAUUUCAUUCAUUCAAAACGUCCACUUCCUGUUUACAUUCAGGGAGGCCAUCUUGGAUUGCAUUUUCGGGGUGGUGAGAAUCCUCCAAUCCUCGAUGCUUUCCGACUGGGAAAUCCUACAUCGGGUGAUGUCACCAGUGGGGGUGAGGAGGUAACUGGGAAGGAACACGCCAAUAGUCGAGCUAGCCACCGUGUUGCAUAGCGAGGGUAGCAAUGCUAAAAUGUGAGCCAUGUCCUAGUACCUUUGAUCAGCUGGUUAUGUGGAAAAAAAAACACUCUUUUAUGACCAAAAUAUGUCGCGGUUGGAGCGUGUCUCAUCUACAAGGUGCACACGAACCUGAUCACCUUCACACGCUGAGUCACGUUUGGCGCCGCUCUUCUGUCAGAACCAUCCCAAACACCUGAAACAACAGCAGGAAGUGUCUCCGCUCUGCGCAGCUUUGCAUCCCAGGCUUGUUUGCAUCAUUACAAAGUCAAAUUCUAACGCAUGUAAAUGGAAGCUGGUGAAGGUUUUGCACGUCCCUCUGAGGCGCCCUGGAGAAAAGCUCCGCUCCCAGGAAGAAGGGAUGAAUCGGCACGGACGGACCCGAGAACGUGCGUGUGGUUACAGCCGUCGCGCUGCUGCAUGACAGAGUUCAUAUAUAAAGUGUUAUGUAAGAGGAUGUAUUUAGUUUGACUUGUCAUGUUGAA